AUGAAAAUCCUAUUAGUAAAUGCAGUUUUAUUAUUUUAUAUAUGCAAAAACGUAGUUGCAGAUUUACCUAUUCACGCCACCAUUGGUGAUAUGAUCGGAAAAUGGAAAUUUGACCUGAGCAAAGAAGUAAAAGGAGAAAAUGUGUAUUGCGGUUCUGCCCUUCCAAACACUUUGGAGGGUGACCUCAAACUUGGGGAUUAUAAGAAGCUAAUGACCAACAAUUAUGAGCUUGGAAACACUCUUGAAUUGGAGCUUACUCUGGAUCCUAUCCAGUAUAUAAACGUUUCUAAGGCUAAAAAUAGAGAGAAGUGGAUUUCUUUGGCUGUUAAAUCAUAUGGUAAUACAGUUGGCCAUUGGACAGCUAUUUAUGAUCAAGGAUUUCGGAUAACUUUAAACAAUGGUUACGACCUAUUGCUUUAUUUUUAUUUUGAAAAAAUUGAGGAAAAUAAAUAUGCCACAGAUCCAACCAGGACUCUAAUUGGCUGGGCUAGCAAAAGAGAUGGAAAUAACUUUACACAUUACUGUUGUUAUGGUGAGAAGAAGAACUCUGGUGAAAAUAACGUUUAUAACACUGUGGACACAACUGAGACGGGUUACGAGCGUUUUGCCAGGGACCUAAUUAGAGUCGUGAACGGUAAAAAAAACUUUCAUCCUGUCACGAACAAGGGUUGGAGUGAAUAUAAUGUCAGCUACUUUUGUAAGUGUUCCAAAGAGAGUAGGGAUAAUGGGAAUUCUAAUCUUCCUAAAAACUUUAGUUGGGACAGAUUUGACAAUAUUCAAAUCGUCGACCAGAAGGGUUGCGGAGGCUGUUACACUAUAGCUUCGCUAUUUGUCCUUCAUUCGAGAUUUUUAAUUCGCAUUCGCGAGAUGUUAAAAACCCCCGAGUACAAAUCAGAUGCUAGGCUUUUGCAUUUAGAAAAGGUUUUAACUGAGAAAAACUUUAACAUUAACAUGUCCCUUAGCUGUAUCCCCUAUAAUCAGGGCUGUAAAGGUGGAUUCCCAGUGAAUGUUGGCAAAUUUGCACAGGAGUUUGGCCUAGUGUUGGACGAUGAGAAGCCUGAGGAAAUCGUCGACAAUUUGUCGUGCGCACCUAAAGGCGAUAAUUUAAGGCUGUAUGCAAGUAAUGUGGAGUACAUUGGUGGCUGUUACGAGUGCACUCGUUGUUCUGGUGAAACUUUGAUCAUGAGUGAGAUUAUGGAAAACGGCCCUGUGGUUGCAGGCAUUGAUGGAGAACACAUUAGGAAGUACAAGGAUUCGGUCAUUAACCCUUCUAAAGAGGACCUCAGAAAACAUCGGGGACUGUGCGAAUUCAAUGAAAAAUUUUUGAGUGGAUUGGAGUUUACAACUCACGCCGUAGUUUUGGUCGGUUGGGGUGAAACUGACGAAGGCUUUAAAUUUUGGGUUGCUAGAAACAGUUGGGGCAAGAAUUGGGGGGACGGUGGCUUUUUCAAAAUUGUUCGAGGUAUAAACGCGUUUGGAAUCGAAUCUGAAGCUGUUGUUUUAGAUCCUGAUGUUGAAAAGGUUCUCAAAAACACCACUGAACAACCCAUCAACUCACAUGAACUCACACAAACCCUCUUAUAA